UUGUUCAGGAAUUAGCGGCAGCUAGCUAACCGAGCUAACCUUAGCUACACGUUAGCUAGCUCGAGCCUGUAGAUUCGCCUCACAGCUGCCAUAGUUUCUCACAUGUUCCGCUUCACGCGUCAGCAGCUACUAAGCCGCGCGUGUUCACGGGUUUGUGUCUCUGUGUCUCGGGCCUUAGCUCGGCUGCUCCGGGCCUGGCUGUGUUAGCACACUGGACGCGGUGGGGAAAGCAGAAGUUAUGUGGUGGUGUGCUGUUAUGUGAUGGUGCAGCUGUGUGCCAGCUUGAUUUGUCGCAGCCUCGAACAAAGUGGGCCAGCCUCAUGUUGCAUUACCAAGAGGUUUUGGUUUAUCGGUGAUGAGUAAUGCACGCCAACGUAACGCUGAAAUCGUAGCGAGAUCAUGAUAAUAGACAGUCAGGUGCUGAUUGAGCUCAUUUCAUCAUUUUAUCUGUGCAGACUUAGUUGGUUUACUAUGAGCUCCCUAUCAGCCCAGCUUCCGGCUUCAAGCUCAUCAUGCAGGACACUACCAGCAGAUGGAAAUCAGGUGCAACCAAAAGCUCCUCUCCUGCAGAUUCUGCGUGUUGCCGGAGCCCAGGAAGAGGUCUUCACACUCAAAGAGGUGAUGCACUAUCUGGGUCAGUACAUCAUGGGGAGGCAACUGUACGACAAACAGAGGCAGCACAUAGUCCACUGCCAGGAUGACCCAUUGGGAGAGCUGCUGGAAGUGGACAGUUUCUCUGUCAAAAACCCGAGCCCGGUAUAUGAAAUGCUCAAGAAAUACUUGGUAGUGCUUGGUUGUUCUGACGCUGCAGAGAAUCUUUCUGUGGGCCGUGAGUGUGUUGAGAGCGGAGUGGAAGAUCGCGGUCAGAUUUGUGGAGGUGUGGUUAAAGCAGGACUGGAGGCUGGCUGUAAUGGGCCUCUCCUGCAGACCCCCUCCCAGAGACGACCGCGGGAGCCAGACGAUGACUCCCUUGAAGGCUUGCCACGUUCAGCCUGCAAACGGGCCAAACUGGAUGUUACUCUGGACGACUGGGAUCUCUCUGGCCUGCCCUGGUGGUUUCUGGGUAAUCUUCGUAGUAACUACAGCCGUAGGAGCAAUGGCUCCACUGACAUCCACACAAACCAACUGUCUCCUGCACAGGAGGAGGACACAGCCAUCGUAUCGGACACCACAGACGACCUAUGGUUCCUGACCGAAGGCGGUAGUGAACAGGUGAGCGUGGAGAUGAAAGAGGCUGUGCUGGAGGAAGGGAGCGGAGGAGAAGGGGAGGCCCUACCCGAGGAUGAUGAUGGAGGAGGGAAAGAGGAGAAGGUGGAUGGAGAGAUGCAGGAGGAGCCAGAUGAAGACUCCCAGUGUUUGAGUGAUGACACAGACACAGAGAUUUCCACCCAGGAUGCGUGGCAGUGCACUGAGUGCAGGAAGUACAACACACCUCUACAGAGGUACUGUGUUCGCUGCUGGGCCCUGCGCAAGAACUGGUUCAAAGAUGUCCCUCGACUUGCCCAUUCCCUCUCUGUCCCCGACAUCCCAGCAUGCAGCUCCCUCACCACCCACGAUGAGGAUGAUGACAGCGACACAGGCAUUGAUGUCCCAGACUGCAGCAGGACAGUGUCUGACCCCAUCAUUCUGCCCUCUCACUCCACAGUGGAUCGGCCACUGCCCGUUAUGGGGAAAGGCAAGGGGCCUCUGCCAUCUGGCUUCCACAAGGAUGAGCUGCUAUCAGGAGGGGAGAGUCAGGAAAACCUGGGCAUGGAAGUGGAGGAGGUCAGGCCUGAAGCACUGUUGGAGCCGUGCAAGCUCUGUCGAGUGCGACCACGCAACGGAAAUAUUAUUCACGGACGUACGGCUCACCUGCUGACCUGCUUCCCGUGUGCAAGGAGGCUACAUAAGUUCCAGGCCCCUUGCCCCGGCUGUGGAAAGAUCAUUCAAAAAGUUAUUAAGAUAUUCAUCCUCUAAAAGUCACACACUUGUGUAAGGAGUUAAACAGAAAAAAUACAACACACAUUUUCAAACAAAUCUGGCCAUACAGGUGCAUGCACUCACACACUGCUUUUAGACACACACAGAAUGUGCACCUUGCCCUUACGCCUACACAGAUGUACACAGAGAUAGCACUUGGGGAAACUUGCUUUUAGCUGCAUGGUUUAUUUCGCGCCAUGCUGCCUCUGAAGUAUUGUUAAAAGAAAUCUUUGACGUAAGAGUUUGUCACAUCAAAUCUUUGUUUUGGUGCCACAUUUAAGGGACAUGCAAAGGCAGAAAUAUUUAUUUAUUUAUUUGAUCACAGAAAUGCACAGGUUGUGUGAACCAUUUUUUGACUUCAUGAAGGCUUGUCUAUGUGAAAUCUUCUCAUUGCAUUCCUUGAAUGGUGCCAUUUUAAAAUCUAGUAUUGUUUGCCUUCCUUCUGUUAGUUUCUCCAUAGAUUCACUUCAAUAAUCACCUCGACAAAACUCAACAGGUAUGUAACAACAGACUUUCUUACUUAAAGCAUUCUCUAGGCUUUUCUUUGUACUGAUUUGAGUUAUGAAGAUGAGACUGAACAGGCUGGCUCUAAAAAAAGAACCCGAUUUUGAUUUCAACAGUUCCAUCUCCAUGAAAAUAUUCUCCUGAAACUUUUCUUUAAAAAAAUACAAAAUGUGAUUGUUUAAGUCUUGUUUCUCAAAUUGGUAUUUUAAGAUGCAUAAUUGAAUUUAACCUGCUUGAGAAUGCACAGCUGAAGUAUUUACAGUAGUUUUCUCUCGGGGUAGUAAUUUGAUGUUAAAUAUGUAUUCAAUAUGUACAAUUGCCAAGCCUCUAAUGACAGUUAUACCUGCAGUAAUUAAUGUCAUAUAAUUGUCGGUAAAUGUCUAAAUGGUAUCAGUCAGGGUCAGUUUACUGCCCUUUCCUGAGCUUAAAAUGAAUGAACAAUUUCUGUAUAUUUUGUAUUUAAUGUAUUUAUGAUUCUGUUUUGUUUAGAUGUUCACAUAUAAUGAAGCAGAAAAGUGCUGCACUUGUUUCACAGUUCAGAUGUGAGUCCGUAAGGAAAGUUACCAAAUGUACCCUCUGUGGAAUUAACUGUGCAGCACUUACUAGAGUAUGAGGGUAUGAUUUAAGCGUUACACUGCCAAGUAAUAACUUUUAACUUUAAUUUGUAUAUAAUAGAUUUUAUUUUAAUGGGUCUGCAUUAUUUGAAGAUUGUAGAUGCUAUUUACUUUUGGUGCGCGCGUCAUCUUAUAUGCUCUUCAGCUUUCAAGAAAUGUUAAGAGGCAUUUAACUCUCGGCUCCGCCUGAUGUAGCAUUGUUCUUUGUUCUGCUCUUGUACUUAAUCUUUCUGCCAGCAGGUGGGGAGAAGACUCAAUAUUGUAUACGCUGCACACUGAAGCUGUACAUAACCAGCAGAAACAUGUUAUGCAUAUAUAGAGCAUGCCUCCUGUCGUAACCAGCACUGGCAUUGAGCUGGUGUGAGAGCUCUAUAGACUAUAUAAAAGCUGUAAAAAGUUAAAGUAGCCUUGUUGUUAUUUCUCAUCAUCAUUGUGCACCCUGAGAGGCAGGGUUCUAGAUACAGAACUAUUAAAGUGGUUAGUGUGAAGUAUACCAGUGGUUCUGAUCCAGAAUGAUAAUGACAAUGUUAUUGCAAAUUAUUGAUAUUAGGACUAAAAUGUGCUCAGAGAUGGUACAGCUAAUAUAGUAGUGUUGGUUUUUCUUUACUGGUCAUGGAAUAAAACGCUUGUUUUGUAAAGCAA